AUGUGGAUAUCUGGGUCGACACGCACCGAGAAACAAAAGAAGGGCAUUUUCGAUGGUGUCCUCAACAUCUUGGUUGCCUUGCACGGUGGCGAAAGGUGGACACGUGUCGGUGACCUCGACAUAGUCCAUGGCAAGAUAGCUCCAGCGCAAGUGGUUGCCGAGACGUUCUGGCGGACGGGAGACCUGUCGCUGUGGCCUGUCGACGAGACAGUUUCGACGCUCAACGACGCUCAACCUACAUGCGCCCAACGACUCGUGGCCGGCGGCAGUCGUUGCCCAGAUAAAGGGCAAUAUUCGCUUGCUCCGUUGCGCUGGCUUUCCUCCGAACAGCCCUUUAACCCCGUCUAG